AUGUCACACAGCAAAUCCCCCAUCUCUCUCAACAUCAUCAUAGUCGGCGCGGGACUCGGUGGCCUCUCUGCCGCCAUCACGCUCUGCCUCGCCGGCCACCAUGUAACAGUCCUUGAGCGCGCAACGACCAUCGGCGAGAUUGGCGCCGGAAUCCAAAUCCUCCCCAAUGCCUCGCGCCUCCUUAUUUCCUGGGGCCUCGCGCCCUCCCUCAUGCAACAUGCUACCCUGCCAAAACAGGUGAACAUGAUCAGCUGGAAAGGGGAGCACAUAGCAUCAAUGGACUUCCACGAGGCUGCGAAGCGGUACGGUUCGCCCUUUUGGGAUUUCCAUAGGGCCGGGCUGCAUAAGUGUCUUUUGGAACGCGCGGUGGAGCUGGGCGCGAGGGUGGUGUGUCAGGCACGGGUUAUGGAUGUUGAGAUUGGGGGGGAUAAAAGCACGGUGGUGCUAGAGGACGGAAGCAAGAUAUAUGCUGAUCUGGUGGUGGGGGCCGAUGGUGUUGCCAGUAGGAUGAGAGAGGUAUUGAUGGGUGGGGUUGAUCCCCCGAUGAGGACGGGAGAUCUGGCAUAUAGAGUACUAUUGAGUACGGAGGAGAUGAAGAAAGAUCCGGAAUUGAAGGGGUUUGUAGAAGAUCCGCAGGUUAAUUAUUGGUUGGGCCCGGAUUGUCAUGCUGUUAAUUAUGUACUCAAGGGCGGUAAGCAAUUUAACAUGGUACUCCUAGUACCUGACGACAUUCCCGACGGUGGUGCCACAACGGUUGAGGGCAAUGUCGAAGAAAUGCGGGCUCUAUAUAAAGACUGGGACCCCCGAAUCCCCAAACUUCUGUCACUCUGCACACAAGUGCAUAAAUGGAAGUUGCUGAUUCGGCACCCCCCAGAGCACUGGUAUCACCCCAGCGGGACCUUCGUCCUUCUCGGUGAUUCCGCGCAUGCAACACUCCCAUACUUAGCCUCAGGCGCUGGCAUGGCGCUCGAAGAUGCGGCAGUGCUUGGAGAGUGUCUAGGCCGCAUCAGAUCCCGUGAGGAUGUAUUGACGGCGCUGGCCGUGUAUGAAGUGUGUAGGAAGGAGCGCACAGCCAGAGUGGUCGAGAGGGGAAACGUUCAGCAGGAAUUAUAUCAUCUGCAUGAUGGCGAGGAACAGCGGGAGAGGGAUCGAAAGAUGAGGAUGUUCCCGACGGAGGCCGGUGAGGCGCUGGCGUGGAGAGAUCCAGAGAUGGGCCCGUGGUUGCUGGGAUGGCAGUGUGAGAGAGAGGUGGAUAGGUGCUGGCCAAAGGCGGAAAUGCCGCAUGAGAGUGCUGCGGUGAGUUAA